ACCAUUAUGUUAUGGUACAACUUUACAACUUGAAGUUGUACCAUCAUAUAAAGGUACAAGUUCAAGUUGUACCAUAAAAUAAUUUGUCCAAAAAGUAUAGGUACAAUAUGAAGUUGUACCAUAACGUUAAAGGUACAAUUUCAAGUUGUACCAUAAAGACAAAAAUCUAUAGCACCAAUACUAUAUAGCAUUGUAAAAUUCCUCCUUUUUGGGAUGAUUCGCGAAUCCAGAAAUUUUGAACUCUUUCAAAAAAUAAAAAUAAUAAUAAUUAAUAACAAUUAAAUAAUUCUUAAAUAAGAAAAUAAGUCCAUGAUGUAUUUUCAUAUUCUGAAAAUUUGUAAAAUAAACUUGGUGUUUGUUAGGGGCAUGGCUCGGGUCAGGUUGCGCCAGCAAUUACAUCGACCACCACUACGAAGGGAUACACUAAGGCCAGAGGCGGCCAACCUCCACCCACGCGUACUCAAGUAGCCCCGCGCAAGCACGUCUUCGCGCGCGGAGUCACCAAAAGAGACCACGCUCGUGUAACAACACUACCCGCGGGCAAGUAGAGCAAUGCGACACUGUUUCACUGACAUCCUAUUAUGUCUCGUCCAUAGACCUCAUCAUACUAUAGGUCCCUAUCCCUUUCAAGUGUCAUGUUACCUCGGGGGGUGGGAGAGGGAUUUUCUUCCUCUCUCUCUAGAAAAACUAGAACUUCUAUCUCUAGAAUUCUUCUCUCUCCUUGAGACCCCUUGUAACCGAGAAAAUAAAUAAAGGCAUAAGGCGGAUUGUACACCUUAUCUCACUCGCUCCCACAAUCAUCUUGUCUCACCCCUACCCUCAGUUAGACAUAAACAAUUGGCGCCCAUCGUGGGGCCGCUAGUGAAAAAGUACAAUGGCGAAAAAAAAAUCCAAACAUGCCAGACAAGGCGACACCAAUCAAAGCAGCAACGAACCAGAUACUGUUCGCGGAAACCACAACCUGAGUGCGGUAUUAAUUGAAGAAGAGGAGCCAGAGUUGACCGCCAAGGAAAUACGCCAGCAAUUGGCCAAACAAAAUGAAGUGAUUGCGGACAUGCAACACACAAUGAAUCAAGUCAUCGCAAUCAGAAUGAACAAGGAAGCUCCUGCCGUAGAACCGCCAACACCAGUCGAGAGGCAACCCGCCCUAGCAAUCCGUGAACAACAACGAGUGGAGCCGCAACGAGUGGAGCCGCCACAAAGAGCAAACCUCGGCUUCCUGGAGCAACACCUAUCCCCACACUACCGCCCCCAGCCCAAAGUGACCAUCCACCAACCAUUGUGCUCCGAAAUUAUGGCGGAACACCUCAGCUGAAUACCACCCGCCCUCCCAACGUAUGUUGGAAUAACAAACCCGGAGGACCAUUUCGGCACUUUCUGCCUCCGAAUGAAGCUCCAGACUAACUCAAACGCGGCUUUUUUCAGAACCUUCUCGUCAACAUUUGUCGCAUCUGCCUCGAUUGGUACAACUGGCUACCAAACGGGAUAAUCCAUUCCUUUGAAGAGUUCAUGCUCCUAUUCACAACCAAGUUUGCUUCCCAAAAAAGGAGACUGCUCCACCUCAAGGUGUUAAUCGACAUCAAGCAAAUUGCAGGGAAGAGCCAAAGAGAGUUUUAAUCCAGGUGGUCAAGAGUUGUCAUGGCAGUACGAGACCUCACACCCGAAACCGCCGCCCACCACCUCAUGGAAGCUACCGCCAACAUGGUGCUUAAGCGAGCAUUGGCAAAAACACCAGUUACACUCUCUACGGAGUUGGAAGUCAAGGUUGAGAAAGCCAUCACACUGGAGGAAACCCUCGACGCAGGGUCCGUAAGACUCUUUGAACCAUCAAGACCAAUAAGAGAAGAUCAAGCGCAGAGACAAACUCCUCAUUCCGCUCGAGAAACUCGCACAAUGCCAUAGCGGAGCGAGCAUGCCGUUCGUUCCAUCAGAACAAGCAACGCAUAGACGCUCGUCCAAUAGACAUCCGCCAAACACCUUCACACCCUUAAACGACACAGUGAAGAACGUAUUCCACCUCAUACGCGAGAAAGGUUAUCGCCUCAACUAGCCCGCCCUAGUUAAAGCCGCACCCACAUGCACGACCACAUGAAACACUGCGAUUUCUGUAGGGAAACAGGUCACAUGACAGAAGAUUGCUUCAACCUCAAAGUAGAUAUCGAGGCACUCAUUCGAAGAGGGUACUUGGCUGAAUGUAUCCAAGAGACAGAGGUGCGAAAGAACAACGAGCAAGUACCUCCACCACCGCUACAACCUGAGUACGACGACAAUACUGGCGCAUAUGUCAUGCGUAAAUAAAUUGGCGUUGUGACGAUCGAAGGAGACAAACCCAAGAAGAAGACGAAACAUUCCCGCGCAGUGGAGUGCGCGACAACAAACACCCAAUCAAAGUGCAACAUCAGCUUCGAUGACAUAGAGCUCCCACAGGGAGUCCCGUAAGAGGAUCCACUCAGCAUCACCGCCUUAAUAGCCGCAUGCAAACUCCAUCUCCUGCUGGUAAACGGAGGUAGCGCCGCAGACAUAUUUUUAAAGAACACUUUGGAUCGGAUGGACAUCGAAUCGUGGAUGAUUAAGCACCCGCAAGGAAACCUGGUGGGAUUCUCCGGGACACAAGUCGUGGUAAUUGGAGCAAUAACAUUACCGGUCGUGAUUGGCAACCACGAACCAUGCAUCUCAAAACAAGUCGAGUUCACCAUCGUGGACUGUAACUCACCGCACAACGGAAUCCUAGGACGCCCGUUCCUGGCUAAAUUUAUGGCCCUGCCAUCUACGUGCCCUCAGAAGCUGAAAUUCCCCACCAAUGCCGGUAUAGUUGAGGCUCGCGGAUUAUCAUGGAUUCUGGCCAAGGAAACAAGGUCAACAAAGAAAACCAACAUAAUCGACACAAUGGCGGAAUAGCCGUGCCCAGAGUCCAUGGACUCCGAUUUCGAGGUCGCGCUAGGCUCAAGUGAACCAACCAAAAACGUGCACAUCUCUACUCACGUCCACAACAACAUGGUCGAACCGCUAAUGAAGCUACUUCAAGAGU